AUGGCUCGGUUUGGCGUGGAUGCGUUGUGGGAUGCUGACAUGUCCUCAUCUUCGGAUGGAGAGGAGGAGGAGACGGACGACAGCCCUUUCCACGAGACUAAGACCAUGGCUACGGGAGAAUGGGAUAAACUAUUGAAGGGCACGGUAUUGGAUCCCUCUACUAUUACUUCAACGGAUGGCAUUGACGAGGACAUGCUCUUUGAAGUGGGUGGGGAGGCUUCUGGACAGGAAGAGGAGGAAGCGAAGCCGUCUAAGACUAAGGCGUCCAGGUCUCCUGUUGUGGAAGAGGUCUUCAGUGGAGGGGGCCGAGCCCAGCCAGGAGCAUUCACUGCAUAUAAGCCUACUUAUUACGACAUGGUCUCUGAUGAGGCAGCUACUACCACUACUGGAUCCUCCCUGCUUGGUCAAUGGCCCAAACUCCGGCAUCCCUAUCUACAGCAGCACCUCUCUUUCCGUCCUAGCUUCGGUACAGAUGCUCGAAUGGCAAUGCCAGUGGAGUCCACUCUUAACAGACAUCGGAUAAAGGUCCUCCCAUCAGUGCUGCCUCCUUCUCCAGAGACCGUCCCUGCCCCCUUUGUUGAACAGUGUUUCUCGGCGUUCACCUCAGUCGAAGGAUCUACUGUGGCUUUGGAACUGUACGAUCUCUAUCGCUCAUAUGAAGGCUCCCCCAAUGUGCAACGGAGGAAGAGUAUCUUUGCUCUACUCUCUGGCAUGCUGGAAGAGCGGGCUUUCCAUCAGCUCUUGGCUACUAAAGUGGCAGAGGCAUCCAGAUCCAUGCAGGCAGCGGGAUACCCCCGACUGGCUCGUAUCGCUGCCAUCCUAGGCUUCGAUUCGGCAGACUGGGAGAGUGCACGAAGUGAAGGGACGGUAUCCCUCCUCAAGCAGCAGUUGGCCCAAUGGAAGUUGGACAGUCCUGGGGAGAUCAUCAAAGGGAACACUGUCACUGCGGUGUACCGACUCCUUGCAGGUGAGGUUCAUUCGGAAGAGGUCCUCAGCCGUUGCCCAACCUGGACCGCUAAGUUCGCUGCAUACUACUGUUAUGGCACUAAGGCUGACGGGAAGCGAUACUCACUCGUGGAGAGUAUCAAAGCUGUGGCCAAGGGCUCCGGUAUAGAGUGGGAGCUCUUAAGAGUUCGAGCAGGGAUCGCCACCCCCGAUAGAUGCAACCUUGGAGUCCCUGCCGGCAGCUCGGUUGGCAUCUGUAACGGCUCAGUGGCUGGAAAGUGUUGGUCUCUGGCAGUGGGCAGCUCUGGUAUACUGCGAGUACCUCCUGGUGCCCUCAUCGAGUGUCCAGCUGUUGGUGACUGA